UUGCUCAGCACUUUCUCAUGUUCCGGUUCAAGCGCGACAAGAACAAGACCUUCCGUCCCAAGAAGGGCUUUGGUGCCGGUACCAAGCUCAACGACCUCCACAAGUAUGCCAAGGCCACGCUGGGCUCGGGUAACCUCCGCGAGGCUGUGGUCCUUCCAGAGGGCGAGGACGUCAACGAGUGGCUGGCCGUCAACACCGUCGACUUCUUCAACCAGGUCAACCUGCUCUUCUCGUCGGUCAUGGAGUUUUGCACUGACGAGUCGUGCCCGGUCAUGAACGCCGGCCCCAAGUACGAGUACAUGUGGGCCGACGGCAAGACGGUGAAGAAGCCCAUCAAGGUCUCGGCCCCGCUCUACGUCGACUACCUGCUCUCGUGGGUCCAGGACGUUCUUGACGACGACUCGAUCUUCCCGUCGCGCGUCGACGUCCCGUUCCCCAAGAACUUUACCAACGUCGUCAAGACCAUCUUCAAGCGCCUCUUCCGCGUCUACGCACACAUCUACUACAACCACUUUGAUCGCAUCGUGGCGCUCGGCGAGGAGGCCCACAUCAACACCUGCUUCAAGCACUUUUACUACUUUAUCGACGAGUUCUCGCUCGUCUCGUCGCGCGAGCUCGCGCCGCUCCAAGAACUCAUCGACUCGCUCGUUUCGCGCGACGAGGCCAAGCUUGGCGAUGACGAUGAUGCCACUGCGUCGACCACGACUACCUCGUAGGCUUGCCUCGUCAAGAGGAACUGAGCUCCCCACCUUGCACAUUCGCCGAGCCUGCGCCUCGCGCUUGUUGCCGUCGCCCACCGUCAUCCGCCUAACGACCUCCUGCGCCGCCCUUUCUCGACCUCUCCGUAUCCCACCCGCUCCUUCCUCCCUCUCUCCCCUCUCCACCCCUUGCCAUAGCCACCCCGCCCCCUUACAUGGUCCCUCCUUGCCCACCAUUCGCCAUGUCGCCUGCUCCUCCCACCAUCAAAGCCGCGCGAAUCUG